CCAUGCCUUACUUUGGCUAUCCACUGGCUUUUCCACAGUGGGGUCAGCCCCUGGCGUACCAUUUUCCAUCGCAGCCAUUCUUUUCAUCACGCGGCACCACAGCCAUAACAAAUGUGCCAAUUCAAAGCUUUCCUGGCUUGCCGGGACAGGUUGCACAUGAUGUUAGCCACCCGCUUCCAUCUACCUUGUUUGCCAGCAGUGCUCCAUCUCACUUUGCAACUGGGGAUGUGGGCCAAAUGUUGGCCUUUGGUCACAGGGCAGAACCACAAGCUCCAGCCCCUGCACCUGCACCAGCCCCUGCACCAGACCCUGUACCAGCCCCUGCAUCAGCCUUUGCAUCAACCCCUGCACCAGCCCCUGCACCAGCCCCUGCACCAGCCCCUGCACCAGCCCCUGCACCAGCCUUUGCAUCAGCCUUUGUACUAGCCCCUGCACCAGCCCCCGCACCAGCCCCCGCACCAGCCCCUGUACCAGAGUACAAGAAACCAUCAAUGCCAGCAGUGUCCAUACAUCCUGAUGCUGCAGCAGUGCCAGCUAUGGCAUCGCAUGCUCCUCGCACUUUUGAGUUUCAUGCACCGGCAGGUACCACCAGUGCCGUGCCCGCAUGGGGAGGGGGGGAUGGUUUCUCACAGGCUGUGCCUCCAUCUCUUCUCACCACUGCUUUCACUACUGCAAGUAAAGCGGCUGCUUCCUGCCAGGCUGGUUGUGCACCUCUGCCCAUAGCCCGAGAAACAGC